AUGAAUCGAUUCCGCAAAAGCAAAAAGGCGAAGGAGCACGCGGAGAAUCAAGGAGGGGCGGCAUCACCAGGAUUCAGUCUGAAGCCAUCGAAGAAGAAGGUGGCGCCGGAACCCAAACCGGAGUUCGACCUAUCCGCCGCACUGCCCCCGACAGACAACUUCCGUACCAGUCUGCUAAUGCCCAAGUUGUCCGCUCGAUUCAGCAUGCUAAAGGAACAGGACGACCCACUUUCCAUGCUAGGCAAGGCCAGUGAUGAUAGCGUUUUGUUUCCCAAGCGCGCUUCACGACUCAAUUUGUUCGGCCAUGACCUCGCUGCGUUGACCGACAUCGACGAAACUUGCUCCAAUGAUGGUAGCCGACCAUCCCUUGCACUUGACCGCACCGGUUCUUUCGUCUCCGGUGGAGAUGGCUAUGGGACAGACGAUGACCGAUCCCAUGGGGGUAGCAUGAUGAGCAGAGGCCGUCGCACUGAGGGCAAUAAUCUGUUCGGAGGUCGCCAAAAGACUUACAAGAUUCCGGUUAGAUCGCCAGUAGCAACAACCCCCGAUACAUCAGACGCUCCUCGCUGGGGAAUGGGAAAGCCACUCUCUGACUCUAAUAUGAACCUCUCCGCUUUCCAGCGGUUGCGCCUCAAGGAGAAGGAAGAGAAAACGGUGGAGGCCGCCCGGGAGUCUGAAUAUGCCGCCUCAACCGCCUCAUCUACCAGCCGGGCCAGAUCCUCCUCCACCGCAUCUGGGCCUCUGUCAACAGUCCCAUCAUUAACUACAGCAACCUCGGCUGAUGAGUUACCGAACGCAUCCCAUUCUUCAGUGACCGCUGUUUCGCCCCCGGAAACCCUUCCGGGCCCCAUGUAUGCCCCGCGCAACGGUUCAACCCGCAACCGUCGUCUCUACGGACAAGGAUUGACCCAGGCUGCCCAGAGCCAGCAGAGCUCGACCUUGGAUCGCCUAGAGAGUCUGAGCCGCCAGCGUGCCGGCACUGUAGAUCUCCCUUCUUUGGACCGCAACUACUCCAGAAGUGCGACCAACCUGCGGGAACGCCUACAAAAUCUUGCAGUCGUCGAGCUGGUCUACACCUCACAGGCUACCAGCCCUCCUUCGUCUGCAACGUCACCAAAGCCGCGCAUGUCCGGAGAAGCUGCGCCCAGAGACCGUCCUUUGCCCGCAGCAGCAACGUUUGGGGCUCCUCCCCUGAGCCCUCCCAUAAGCGAGAACGACGAGUUUCCCUCGCUACUGGCUGCAUCUAUUCACCCAGAAGACCAUGGAAAAGCCACCGCCAUGGGCUUGUUCAACCGUCCUGCCACUGGGUUUGAUGAGCAGGCAUUCUCCCGCCGCCAACUUGAAAUGCACCAAGGACGAAAGACCCCGCCUCCGCGUCGUGCAUCCCCCCCGCGUAGACCCCUACCGGCAGAACCCGCGGGCCGCACUCGGGGACUGUCGAAGUCGAGCUAUGGUUCCCGAGCGGAAUCCGCCUCGUCUCAUUAUACUAGUGAUGCGCACUGCGGCAUUGAUAAUUCUUGUGCGUCCAGCGUUGAGGCUUCUCCCUUUAAACCUGGAGUGAAGAAUUUCUAUGCCAAAUCCACUGCCAGUGGAUCUGGCGAUGAAGGAGGGAACCCUUCUUCCCGAGAACUUUCGUCUGCGACUUCGCUGGUCACCGAGUACGGUCCGCCACUCCAGCACUCCGGAGUAGCAUCUAACAAGCCACCGACUACCACUGAGGAUCACCUCGAAACGCUCCCCGAAGUGAGAUACUCCGAUCUGGGCGACCUGAGACCUAUUAACGAGAACGACCUUGACCUCCAGGACUCGUCUUCUGGAACCAGCGAUAAUACACCCAAGAGACCCGACUCGCCCACCCUGGAGCCAGAUCAUGGCUAUAUCGGAGUGGGGAAAAUGAUUAUAUCCCACCUUCGCCAGCAAAGUGACAAGUCUUCUAUCUUCCCCCCUCCCUCGCCUCGCCCUGCACAGCAGCAGAGUGGUACAUAUAUCCAUAAGACCGAUACCCCGAAGCCACCAACUGGUGUUCCCAUGAUAGCCGAACCUCGCGAAGAGAGUCGGCCAUCAUCGACAAUCCGCCCAGGAACCUCGAGCUCGCAAUCCCUUUCUGGAAAUUCUGCCGAGGGCACAGCUUCUCGAAACAGUGCAGAGUCAUUUGCAACUGGAACUUAUUUUGACACAGCUUCUGUAUCGAACGGCUCAUCCUGGCGGGAGGAAUUGGAACUUCGCCAUCGCCGUCACGGAAGCACUGAGACCCAAAGGGAGCGAGAGGAAUUCGCCAUCGAGCUGGCAGAAAGGCGCAGGAAGGUGCAGGAGAAGCUGCGAAUUGCUGCUGAGAGCGAAAGCCGGUCCAGCAGUCCCACCCCGGGCCGGUCAACUCCAGACUUGUUCCGGGCUGGCAAUGCGUUUGCCAUGUUGAAGCAAAAGUCCAGCAAACAGGCUAGCACAAAGCCCGAUCAAAAGAAGUUGUUUGGUUAUGUCGCCAGCAAUGCGUCCACGUCUACUCUCUCUCCAGAGGAGUUGUGGCGUGAAGAGGAGCGGCCCUGUUCCAACUUCAGCCGGCACCCCAACUCCAGCUCUCCCCAGAUUGGAUCGGAGCGUUCGCUCAGGUCUCGUAUGCCAUCUCUCAGCCGCGACAACAGCUACGAGGAUUCGUGUGAGUCCAACCGCAGCCGUGGCUCCUCGCCUUUCGCAGACCAGAGAGACCGAGCAGGCUCGGAUGCCCCAGGCCGGUCAAAGAGUCGAACCAGACUUCACGACCGAGAUGACCUUCAAACUGUGGACGAGGGUUCCAUCAUUGGACAUGAUAGUCACAAUGCUCCUGAUGAUUAUGAGGCUUCCCUGCCCGUCUCGCGCCCUACAUCGAGUCGCCCAUCGACAGAGAUGUCUGACCCUGCGAACUUAGACCGCACUUCCUCUAUCGCUUCGGGCAGAAACAGCAGUACCAGUCGAUCCGAUACACCAAGCUUUCAAUACGAACGGUCAUUCCAGUUCUCGCAGUCCAACACGUCCUCGAUCAUCGGUGCCUCACCCCGGCCCCCACCCGCUGCCCCGGCUUACUCUGCCAAUGCCACUCCUCCGCUGGACGACAUGCCAACAGAUGGCUCGUCUAUCUCCAUGGUUUCUUCAUCCAAUAACUCGCAGACGUCCCAACGUGGCUUGGGACAGGGCUCUCUCAUGAAGCGUCCUGUGAACAAGAAGCAGAUCUCCGAGCCUUUGUUUGUCUCAUCCACAUCAAGCGUCUCCCUCGUCGGCCUCUCACCCGGAUCCGCACUGCCUUCACCCGGCAGCGCACCUCCAGUGCCACCUAUGAACCCCCGCCGUCGCCGCGGAACCACCACUCAAACCAUCUUGGGUGCCUUUAAGAGCGACAAGAACGAUUUGCCACGGGUCGCUUCCCCGGUCCCGAGCGUUGGGGACGAAUACAGUAUCUUCCCGGAUGAAGAAAAACGUCCGCGCUCCCGCAGCCGUCUCCGCAAGAUUUCGAGUGAGGGUGGUAACCUGAACGCGCGGGCGCGCCAGGGAUCCAUUACUAACACUCUGCCGGCCGUGCCUCAAUACCCGCCUCCUGCUAUCCCUGUCGAUGGAGGCAUGUUCUAA